AUGGCCGGAGCUUGCUGCAAGUGUUCGGUUUCUCUAUCCGUGUUCAAGCGCUCUCUCUCGGUAGCACCGCGCGGCUCUCCUCGGUCCCUCCUCCUGAGCUGGAGGCUCGGGGAGCGGGGCCUGCAGGAGGCCGCUAGACCCUCCAGCGCCCUCAGACCACCAGCAGGCUUUUACCGACACACCACCUUCUUCUGUCUCUCCUGCCAGGAGUCCAUGACGGAGAGUCUGCGCACCUGCUAUCUGUACCUGAACCAGACCAGCCGGAGCUUUGCAGCCGUGAUUCAGGCGCUGGACGGAGAGUUAAGACAUGCAGUUUGUAUCUUCUACCUGGUGCUGCGAGCGUUGGACACAGUGGAGGACGACAUGACCAUCCCUCUGGACAAGAAGGUUCCCAUGCUGAAUGAUUUCCACACCUACCUGUACCAGGAUGAGUGGUGCUUCACCGAGAGCCAGGAGAAAGACCGGCAGGUUCUGGCGGAUUUCCCCACGAUAUCACUGGAAUUCAGAAACCUCGCUAAGGAAUACAGAGACGUCAUCUCGGAUAUCUGCCACCGUAUGGGAGUAGGGAUGGCUGAAUUCCUGGAAAAGAAAGUGGGAUCCAUGAAGGAGUGGGACCUGUAUUGCCACUAUGUGGCGGGGCUUGUCGGCGUCGGUCUGUCUCAGCUGUUCUCUGCGUCCCAGCUGGAGGACCCCGAGGUGGGGCGCGACAGUGAGCUGGCCAACUCCAUGGGCCUGUUCCUCCAGAAGACCAACAUCAUCCGAGACUAUCUAGAGGACACGCAAGUGGGACGUGCCUUCUGGCCACAAGAGGCUUGGAGUCAGUUUGCAGGUCGUCUGGAGGACCUGGCCCAGGCCGAGAAGCUGGAGUCGGCUCUCUCCUGUCUCAACCUGCUGGUCACCGACGCUCUGAAACACGUCCCGGACGUUAUCGCCUACCUGUCCCGCCUGCGCAACCAGAGCGUCUUCAAUUUCUGUGCCAUUCCACAGGUGAUGGCAAUAGCUACACUGUCGUCGUGCUACAACAACCCCAAGGUGUUCCAGGGAGUGGUGAAGAUCCGAAAGGGACAGGCCGUCACACUCAUGAUGGAAGCCACCAACAUGACAGCCGUGCAGACCAUCAUCGCCCAGUACAGCCAGGAGAUUUUACAGAAGGUUUCCCACACGGACCCGACGCGGGACAAGACCCUGCACAUCCUGGCUCUGAUCCAAGAGAAGUCCGCCCUGUCACAGUCCAGCUUCCCCUCCAGGACCCACCACCUGUCACCCAUGUACCUGUCUGCCGCCAUGCUGCUCGCCGCUCUCAGCUGGCAGUACCUCAGCACCACCGCAGCAGCGCAGGCGCAGGGCACCGGCGACAUGCCGGGACAGUGAACCCAUUUACCCUCACUUUUCCUGGGGUGCCACGGACUCAGAAAGCCCCUUUGUCCACUCUGGAGGUCCGGUUCUCCUCUUGACUGGAGGAAUCUGAAGCUUCCUUACUUUGCCCUCUUCAUUAUGGCCGUCACAGGACCAUGGACAUAUUUAGUAGGGCUGCACAAUAUGAGGAAAAUAUGUGAUAACUUUGUUGGUUAUGGCGAUGACAACUUGCGAUAAAUAGACAGAUAUUAAAGAGUACUCAGUUGUGCCCUUCUGCUGCUUUCAGUUUUUGCUGAAAUAAAACAAAUUGCUUGUUGAAUUAAAAAAAUGAAAAGAAAUUAUUUCUUUCGUGCAAGUUGACAUCGCAAUGACAAUAAAACUAUAUUGUGCAGCCCUAUUAUUCAGACUAUGGAGGGGUUCUGGUAGCAUGGCCGGUCUCUUUAUGUUGUUUGAUAGUGAUUUCUAGUCAUCCUGCAUCUGGAUAAUUUAUUAACACACAGUCGUGAGGUUAUAUUCACCAGCAUAAAUGGCACAUUGAAACAAUUCAGGGCGUUUUUGUUGUUUGCUGUUUAUGUUGAUUGUGUUCUUCUUUUUGUUCGUUUGAUUUGUAACAUGUUGACCCUUUGAAUUGAGGGAAAUUAUUCAACAUAUUUGAACAUUUUAAAGACAAAAAGUAGUCAUUUUCCCUAUCAAGGGGUGAAAUGCACAGUACAUGACACUGCCCAUUUUAAGGAUUUUGGGGAACACAGUCACCAAACUACAUUAAGUUUUUGUUGUAAUUUUGUGUCAAAUUAAAGCUACUUUAAUAUUCCACUCGUUAUGUUUCUGCAGGAGAAACACUCACAGUCACACUAACUAUGUUAGCGUAGAUGACGUGGACAGCAUCCACUCACAGCAGAGCUUUAUUUCAACACUUGUAUGUCUGCGUUCUUUCUGUUUCAACUCCUUUGAAGUAGGAGAAAAAGAUCAGUGCAUUUCCAAGGUAGCUUUGACAUGGACUGUUUGAAUAAAUAAGGGAGAACAAAUGUAAUUUCUUGUAUAUUUGAUAUCUGAAAUAAAUGCAUAUUGAGACAGCUAGCUAAAGUGUCCUUAACACAGCUUUGGUGAGUAGAAAGGCUAGCACAGAGUAACCUUGUACAGAACCAAAGGAGAGCUACAAACAUUGCUAUGUAAUGUGACAUUCUGAUUUGUACAUAUUUGAACAAAUAAAGAGGUGAAAGAAUCUAAA